CGCGGCCCGGCUAGGCCCGCUCGCACGCGGCCGACGCGGUGGCCAGGGUUGGGCCCUGAGCCCCCUGAGAGGAGGCUGUGGAGACCACAAGGGCCCACGGGCACCAUGAACGACGUGGCCAUCGUGAAGGAGGGCUGGCUGCACAAGCGAGGGGAGUACAUCAAGACCUGGCGGCCACGCUACUUCCUCCUCAAGAACGAUGGCACCUUCAUCGGCUACAAGGAGCGGCCACAGGACGUGGACCAGCGUGAGUCCCCUCUCAACAACUUCUCCGUGGCGCAAUGCCAGCUGAUGAAGACGGAGCGGCCCAGGCCCAACACCUUCAUCAUCCGCUGCCUGCAGUGGACCACGGUCAUUGAGCGCACUUUCCACGUGGAGACGCCAGAGGAGCGGGAGGAGUGGACAACAGCCAUCCAGACAGUGGCCGAUGGGCUCAAGAGGCAGGAGGAGGAGCUGAUGGAGUUUCAGUCAGGCUCACCCAGCGACAACUCGGGGGCCGAGGAGAUGGAGGUGUCUCUGGCCAAGCCCAAGCACCGUGUGACCAUGAAUGAGUUUGAAUACCUGAAGCUGCUGGGCAAGGGCACCUUUGGGAAAGUGAUCCUGGUGAAGGAGAAGGCCACGGGCCGCUACUACGCCAUGAAGAUCCUAAAGAAGGAGGUCAUCGUGGCCAAGGAUGAGGUGGCCCACACACUCACUGAGAACCGCGUCCUGCAGAACUCCAGGCAUCCCUUCCUCACGGCCCUGAAGUACUCCUUCCAGACCCAUGACCGCCUCUGCUUUGUCAUGGAGUACGCCAACGGGGGCGAGUGUCCCCUCCCACAGCUCUUCUUCCACCUGUCCCGUGAGCGUGUGUUCUCCGAGGACCGGGCCCGCUUCUACGGUGCGGAGAUUGUGUCGGCCUUGGACUACCUGCACUCUGAGAAGAACGUGGUGUACCGAGACCUCAAGCUGGAGAACCUCAUGCUGGACAAGGAUGGGCACAUCAAGAUCACGGACUUUGGGCUGUGCAAGGAGGGCAUCAAGGACGGCGCCACCAUGAAGACCUUCUGCGGGACGCCUGAGUACCUGGCCCCUGAGGUGCUGGAGGACAACGACUACGGCCGCGCAGUGGACUGGUGGGGGCUGGGCGUGGUCAUGUACGAGAUGAUGUGCGGCCGCCUGCCCUUCUACAACCAGGACCACGAGAAGCUGUUCGAGCUCAUCCUCAUGGAGGAGAUCCGCUUCCCACGCACGCUUGGCCCCGAGGCCAAGUCCCUACUCUCGGGACUGCUCAAGAAGGACCCCAAGCAGAGGCUCGGCGGGGGCUCUGAGGACGCCAAGGAGAUCAUGCAGCACCGCUUCUUCGCCAGCAUCAUGUGGCAGGAUGUGUAUGAGAAGAAGCUCAGCCCGCCCUUCAAGCCGCAGGUCACCUCGGAGACCGACACCAGGUAUUUUGAUGAAGAGUUCACAGCCCAAAUGAUCACCAUCACGCCGCCCGACCAAGAUGACAACAUGGAAUGUGUGGACAGCGAGCGGAGGCCGCACUUCCCACAGUUCUCCUACUCAGCCAGUGGCACAGCCUGAAGCGCCCUCAGCAGAGCCUCGGCAGCUGCAUCUGGCACGUGUUGGAAGCCUCGAACAGAUGACCUGCAUUUGAUGGCUGAUUUCUCAAAUGCUUUGGGAGGAGCCUCCCAGAUGGAGGACAUUCUUGCUGGAACAGUGUGCUGCCACCUGGCCAGGUCAAGAGAAAUAUUGUCCUGCAGUUUCUCUUAAUUUAUUUCAUCCAAUCUGUUCUCCAAAUGUGGCCUCAGCCCUCUGAACAAUUACACUCGUAGGAAAUGUCAAAGACCUCUGCAGCCCUUGCAGUGUGGGGCCGGCGGGUCUGGGCACAUCUUGCACUGCCCCGGCUGGCCAUGCAUCCAGCUGCCACCCACCCCAGGUCCAGGGCUGGGCCUGCCUGCGGCACCUGGGCAGCUUCACUGGGCACACUGGCUGGCACCCCGUCUGCAGGUGGGGCACAGGCAGCCCCUGCACUGGGGCCAUGCCUCUGAGGACAUCCUCGGAGCUUCCCCCAGAUGGGCCGGGAUGGGAUGGGAUGGGACGGGACGAGGUGGGCCAGGGUUCGCCUGCAGGAUGGAGAUGCAAGGUCUCAGUCUAAUGCCGUGUACCUUGCCAUUCCCGGCCUUUGGGGGUGUAAUCUCAGUGACAGGAAGCCCCUCCCUACCCCUUGCCUUGGAUGAUUUCUGCCUCCACACUUGUCCUGAGCUUCACCUCUGACCCUCUCGCCUGGCCCUCCCUGUCCUGGCCAGAUUUGGCUGCUGCUGCACCAUGCCAUUUUUUACAACAUUGAACUUUAGCAUUUUUACUAUUAUAAUAUGAAACGUUCCCUCCAAAUCUUCAAUAAAAAUUGCUUUUCAAGUU